AUGGGAAAUCUAGGGUGUGAGGAAAGGGUAAAAGAUAUAUUUAGUGAGCUUACAUCAAAAGAACUAACACCUGGGUUGCUUUUGACACUGCAGAGACUGGCGCGAAAGCCGAACACUAACCUAAAACAAUUUAUUGCCGGGUGUAAAGCUUUGACGAAACUCCGCAGCAACAAUACAAUUACCUUCAAUGAACUUCGAGAGCUUCUCAAAAAUAGUCCCGAAGAGGACUCGACAGGCCCAAAGAAAAUUGCACCUUCCAUAAAUAAGAGAAAGAAAUUUAAGAUCCAGUUGGACCUUGAUGACAAUGAAGAUGAGCUGGAUUCUCCCAUUCAAAAGAAACCAGCGCCUACAAAGACGUUGUUCAAGAGGAUAGAUAAAUUAAAAGCCAAACAGUUGAGGCAAUAUUCUCCUAUCAUAAAGGAUCCUUCCCCAAAUAAUGAACAGCAGCGGACAGAAAAUGGUCAUAAAGAAGCAAGGGAACAGGAACCGUCUCGAAAUGAACUAGUAGAAGAGGAUAGGGAAUGGUACGAUAAUGAUGAUGACUACGGGAAUCAUGUUCCUGAGUCUCUGUCUGAAAUACCGGAGGAUGUGAAAACACCACCUGUGAUUAAAAAUAUUGAUAAUGAUGAUGCUUUACGAAAUACAGUUCAAUUGUACCCCAUCCCGCUGAAGCAGAGAAUGGAAUGGAUCCCUCCCUUUUUGUCAAAGUUUGCCCUUGAAAACAAAGUACCCACUUCCAUAAUCAUUGGAUCCAUCUCCGAGACGUCCAGCCAAACAGCCGCUUUAGCCAUGGUAAACCCAUUCAGAAAUCCUGACAGUGAAUUUUCUGUGAACGCUAAACGAGGUAGUAAGCUAGUUGCUUUGAGAAGGAUAAACAUGGAGCACAUCCAGCAAUCUCGAGAUAACACUACUGUUUUGAAUACUGCCAUGGGAGAGGUGCUAGGCUUGGAAAAUAACAAUAAUGCAAAAGGUGAGAGCAGCCGAAAGAUCAGCGAUGAUGAAGCUGUGCACACACCGUCGAAAAAUGAGAUUAAGCGUACUAAAGAGCAAUUGCCUGUUUUCCGCUGCAGAUCUCAGUUAUUAUCAUUGAUAAGAGAAAACCAAGUAGUGGUGAUAAUUGGUGAAACGGGCUCAGGUAAAACUACUCAACUUGCACAGUAUUUGUAUGAAGAAGGAUAUGCCAAUAGCAAGGGGAAAUCUAUUGUUGUUACGCAGCCGAGAAGAGUAGCAGCCAUGUCCGUCGCUAAAAGAGUUGCAAUGGAAAUGCAAGUUCCACUGGGUAAAGAAGUGGGCUAUUCUAUCAGAUUCGAAGAUGUGACGGAUUCCGAAUAUACAAAACUUAAGUUUGUGACGGAUGGUAUUCUACUCAGAGAGACUUUAUUAGAUGAUACACUUGACAAGUAUAGUUGUGUCAUUAUUGAUGAAGCCCAUGAAAGGUCAUUGAACACAGACAUCUUACUAGGUUUUUUCAAAAUUUUACUGGCACGAAGAAGAGAUCUAAAACUCAUUAUCACUUCUGCGACAAUGAAUGCCAAAAAAUUCUCUACUUUUUUUGGCAAUGCUCCGCAAUUCACGAUUCCUGGAAGAACUUUCCCCGUGCAGACCAUAUAUACUUCCAACCCUGUGCAAGACUACGUAGAAGCUGCUGUUUCUCAGGCUGUGAAAAUUCAUUUAGCAAAUGAUUGUUCGAGCGGUGAUAUUCUUAUCUUCAUGACAGGUCAAGAAGAUAUUGAAACGACGUUUGACACUUUGCAAGAAAAGUUUUUGCAAGUAUAUUCAAAAAAGUACGGUACAUCAAACCUUGAGGAGAUUAAAGAUAUUGAAAUUUUGCCAAUUUACUCAGCAUUACCUGCAGAUUUACAAUUCAAAAUUUUUCAGGACCUGCAUGGCACUAAACGGAAAAUUAUAAUUGCGACAAAUAUUGCUGAGACCUCAUUGACCAUCAAAGGGAUCAGGUAUGUUAUUGAUUGUGGGUAUUCUAAAUUAAAAGUUUACAAUCCAAAGAUUGGUCUAGACAGUUUGAUAAUAACACCCAUAUCAAAAGCCAACGCUGACCAAAGAUCCGGAAGGGCGGGUAGGACUGGACCGGGCACUGCAUAUCGAUUAUACACAGAAGAUACUUUUAAAGAGGAUAUGUACUUGCAAACAAUACCUGAGAUCCAAAGGACAAAUUUGUCAAACACUCUUCUACUACUAAAAUCUCUGGAUGUUACUGAUGAAUUGAGUAGGUUCCCAUUCAUUGACAAACCACCCUUACAAACAUUCCUAUCUUCAUUGUAUGAGUUAUGGUUCAUAGGAGCUAUAGACACCAAGGGACAAUUGACUCCAUUGGGAUUACAGAUGGCAAAAUUUCCCUUACAGCCUUCUCUUUCCAAAAUUUUAUUAAUUGCUGUACAAAACGGCUGCAGUGAUGAAAUGUUAACAAUUGUGUCCAUGCUUUCUGUUCCACAAGUCUUUUAUAGACCCAAAGAAAGACAAAGAGAGGCAGAUAUUGCAAGAAAUAAGUUUUUCAUUGCAAAAUCAGAUCACUUAACGUUACUAAAUGUUUUUGUACAGUGGAGGGCAAACAACUUCAGUUCGCAUUGGUGUAACAAACAUUUCGUCCAAUACAAAUCACUUGUUAGGGCGAAAGACAUUCGAGAUCAGCUGUUAACGAUACUUAAAUCUCAAAAAAUUCCUGUCAUUUCUUCUGGUAAGGAUUGGGAUAUCAUUAAAAAAUGUAUUUGUUCGGGCUUUGCUCAUCAAGCAGCUAAAAUAAAAGGGCUACGGAAUUAUGUUCACUUGAAAACUGGUGUAAGUGUUCAAUUGCACCCUACGAGUGCAUUACAUGGGUUGGGUGAUUUGCCCCCUUACGUCGUAUAUCAUGAAUUAUUAAUGACUAGCAAAGAAUACAUUUGUUGUGUUACUUCCGUAGAUCCAUUCUGGUUAAUGGAAUAUGGUGGGUUACUCUACGAAAUCAAGCGUGUUAAGAAUGAUGAGGAAUCUGGAACCACAGGUCUCUUUGGUGAACACUAUGAACAUGCUGUUGACAAGGUUGAAGAUGAAAUAGACAUCAAUAUUAAAAGAUACAAGAAUAUGAGAGAUAACGUUGUACAGAAGCUUAAAAUGGCGGACGAUUCAAACAAAGGUGAAAAUGAGCAGAGAUUUCAAAAGCAAAAUACUUUAAACAGCAAAGAAAAUUUAAUUAAACCUUUCAAAAGAAGGAAGCCUUUUUUUUAG